UUGGUCGGUGAGUAUUUAAAGAAAAGCGCGAAAGCGAGGUCGCUUUCCACUCACCGACCCCGGCCCUCUCCGCUGAGGCUCGCACAGCCGCCAUGAGUUACAUCAAUCUGCCCAACGUGCUGCCCGGCUCCCCCAGCAAGACCCGGGGGCAGAUCCAGGUGAUCCUCGGACCCAUGUUCUCAGGGAAAAGCACGGAGCUCAUGAGGAGAGUCCGGCGCUUCCAGAUCGCCCAGUACAAAUGCCUGGUCAUCAAGUACGCCAAAGACACGCGCUAUAGCAGCAGCUUCUCCACGCAUGACCGGAACACCAUGGAGGCCCUGCCGGCCUGCCUGCUCCGGGAUGUGGCCCAGGAGGCCAUGGGUGUGGCUGUCAUUGGCAUCGACGAAGGGCAGUUUUUCCCUGACAUCGUGGACUUCUGUGAAAUGAUGGCCAAUGCAGGCAAGACAGUGAUCGUGGCAGCACUAGACGGAACCUUCCAGAGAAAGGCUUUCGGCAGCAUCUUGAACCUGGUGCCCCUGGCCGAGAGCGUGGUGAAGCUGACUGCCGUGUGUAUGGAGUGCUUCCGAGAAGCUGCCUACACCAAGAGGCUGGGCCUGGAGAAGGAGGUGGAGGUGAUUGGCGGAGCAGACAAGUACCACUCCGUGUGCCGCCUGUGUUACUUUAAGAAGUCCUCGGUCCAGCCUGCUGGGCCAGACAACAAAGAGAACUGCCCGGUGCUGGGACAGCCUGGAGAGCUAGCCUCGGCUGUUAGGAAGCUCUUCAGCCCUCAGCAAGUCUUACAGCACAACUCAACCAACUGACAGGACCUGGGACUGCCUGACGGACAGCGUGCCCCAGACAGGCUCACGUGCUUGUCACGCCUUUUUUAGUUCCUUUCUUGGUUGCUUGGAUGCUUCAGCCCAGACUAGAGCCAGCGCCUGCCUGGUGGUUAGGGUUUGACAUCCAGCCAGAGGUGAGGACAAAGCCACAUGGUGUUGUGACAUUGGAGGUGCCGGCUUCUUCCUCCUUGGUGGCUGUCACUCUUGCGGGCCCCGCCCCCUACCUAGGCUCCGGCCUUCACAGCCCCGUCUCUGCUGAAGCUUGGCCCACAACGGCCCCUGGAGCCAUCUUUACACAGUGCGCACUGGUCUUGCCCUACUCGGGGGCCCAGUGCCGUGACUCAGGACUCUUGGGGAGAGCCUGUGCUUCUUGUGCCAUAGUGUAAAAUGAAUGAUUAAUAUUAAAGUUUGCUACUUGAGAGCAUA